AUGGCGGCUGCGGAGGCGCCACCCUGGUGGACGCCCGACAUGCAGUCGCUGUGCCAGAGGCGGGCGCCCCUGCCAGACGUGGGCCGCUGGCAGUCGACCUACGUGAGGUACAAGGGCCAGACCGAGGGGCAGGUGUGCCAGCACGGCUGGGAGCAGGCCACCAGCCAGCAGGUGCAGGACCAGCUGGCGAUGGCCAGCAACGGCGGAUUUGCGCCAGGACGCACGCCCCUGCACUCCGCCCUGGCGCCGCUGGCCAUCAACAUGCGCAUCGUGACGGCGCCCGCGGAGUUCGCCGUGCCCGUGAAACAGGACAGACGGUUGACUCCAGACUUCAAGGUGCGUGUGGAGGUCAAGUACAGGGGCCAGGUCUCAUUCCCCCUCACAGUGCGUGCCUACAUCCUGUCACAGCAGGAGAAAGACAACUUGCCAGAGUGGUCGCCAGAGGGCGCGGUGGACAAUGAUGGGCAGAAUGAAAGGAAAGGGCACCCAACUGAGCUGAAAGGGACAACUUACAUCACACACCAUUUCGAGGCCAACAUGUCAGGGGGCCUGUCAUCUAGCUUCAGUGGAAGCACAGGUGUCCAAACCCUCCAGGGCCACACUGUGCACCAUGUCGUGCCCUCAACUGUCAUCCAAACCCCCCAGUACAUGGCCAGUCAGGGCGGGAUGGGGCAGAGGUACCCCCAGCACCCACAGCUGCAGCUGCACUCGGGGCUUAUGGGCCAGCGACAGGAAGUGAUCACAUUGGACUCGUCGAAUCCCCUGUCGCUAAAUUCCGGGACGACUGCCAGUGCUGUGCCAUCCCUGGGGGACUUCAGCGACUCGUCAAACUGGGCGGCGAUGCUUCAAGACUUCUUCCCAGAGGGAGACGUUACCACUGUCUCCGCAGAGUUCAUGCAGGGCAUGGACGCAAACAGUGUGAGCAUCAAGCCUGAGCAAGUGAUAUCGCACUCGGAUCAAAAAAUCAUCAUCAGCGAGAACGUGCUUCAGGAGGAGGGUGUGCUGAUGCACGACUUCGAGUUCUUGAAUCUGGAAUUCAUGAAGCCAACCCGCAUGAGCAAAGUGUAUGCAUGCUUUGCUUGUACUGUCCUGGAACGGGACCUUCUGUACUGCAUCUUCCACAUUCCUACUGUGGGCAUUUGCAGGGCAGAACAACGUGCGAAGGCCUGUGAGAGAUUGAGCAUACCAAGGAGGGUAAUGGAUCAGUCCAAUGCAAACAGUCAGUGUGAGACCAGCGAAGCAAACUCUUGCUACCCUCAAAGCAGGAAGCGGAUUGGGGAAGCUUCGGAACGCGGCGAAUCCACCCGCAACCCCGGUGGCUGGAACCCAGUGAUGGACAGGCUCCCUGCCUCGCCCCCCAACCACAGCAGCGGCGACACCAUGCCCCACUCCCGCAACGCCCUGCGCGAGUGGAUCCUGGAGGAGUACGAGAGCCGUGGCUGGAGGCGCAGGCUCACAGAAAUGGACCUACGGACAUUGGAGUCCCAGGCGGGCUUCCCAGCAGGGGGCGGGGACGUGGACGUGUCCCCGAUCCAGUGGGAGGAGUUCACAACACAGUUCAGGGACGUGCUGGGCCUCCUCACCAAGAUAUCCGCCGUUUGGAACCACGAGGACCCCUGUGUGAUAUCCGGGCUGGACAUGGACCGGGGCCGGACUGCACAAGCGCUGGCCAAGGAGCCCUCUGGCACGUUCAUAUGUCGGCUGAGCUGGUCUGAGCCCGGCAGCCUGGUGCUGACCUGCAAGGUUGCGCCGGGGACGCCUGCGGCCGAUGGGGAUGGGCUGCUGCACGUCAUUAUCGGGGCCAAGGACCUGAAUGAGCGACGAGUGGACACCUGGAUCCGGGACUACCCUGCAGCCACUCACGUCUUGGACGUCUACACCCACAAGCGCGUUGACAAACGCAAGGUGUUUGCCUCCAACUACACUCGACUGCGAUUGAUGGAUGACCUCGAUUCGAUGUCACAAGGGUGA